AUGGUGAUCAGGCCGUGUAAACUGCGACAAAGCCGUCGCUGUGGCAACUCCCCCACCGACGGAUGUCAGGAAGAUAUACAACUUCCAACAUCGAGACGACGAAAAGACGAAAUCAUAUCCUCCGACGAGUUGAGGCCGGGAGAAAACAUGUGCCGUCCUCUUAUUUGGGGUGGGGAUGCUUCUCCACCGGCCAAAGUCCCGUUCUGUUUGUUCGGUUCUCUGAUGUGCUUGCGCGAUUCCUCCAGGAUUUACCUUCCCGGUUCUAAGCUCGUUCUUUCCUGA